AUCAAGCACUCCAAUCAUUUGCAGUACACGCGUGCGUAGUGGAAACUAGCUGCUGAUGCAAGAAACACAAGGGUGCUCUCACAGGGACUGAUCUGAAAACAUUUUGGUGUAGAGACAUUUGGAAACGAGCUGCAAACAUGUCGGGAGACGAGAUGAUAUUUGACCCCACCAUGACUAAGAAGAAGAAGAAGAAGAAGAAGCCCUUCAUGCUGGAAGAGGAUGGUGGAGAUGGAGUGACGGAGGAGUCACAGCCCGUGGAGCCCAAAGAGGUGGAACCGGAGGGGCAGGAGGAGAGGGAUUUUGACGCUGAUGAGGAUGAAGGCAGAAAGAAAGAGCCGUCAGAUGAUCUGGAUGACUUGAACUUCUUCAAUCAGAAGAAAAAGAAGAAAAAACAAAAGAAAGUGUUUGGUGACGACAUUGAGGAAGGCAUAAAGGACCUAAAAAUAGAGAGUGAGAUUUCAGAGCCAAUGGAGGAGGAUGACCUAGACCUUCUGCUGCCUACCAAGAAGAAAAAACCCAAGAAGGUGGACUUCCAGGACGACGGCGAGCUGCUGGAGAAGGAUGAAGCUCUAGAUGAUGAUGAUGGCAAGAACACAGACGGCAUCACCUUUAGCUCAAUCACAGGGCCUGCCUGGGCAGGGACGGAGAGAGACUACAGUUACGACGAGCUGCUGAACAGAGUCUUCAACAUCAUGAGGGAGAAGAACCCAGACAUGGUGGCGGGAGAAAAGCGCAAGUUUGUCAUGAAGCCUCCGCAGGUGGUGCGUGUGGGCACCAAGAAGACCUCCUUCGUCAACUUCACAGACAUCUGCAAACUGUUGCAUCGUCAGCCUAAACAUCUACUGGCCUUCUUAUUGGCUGAGCUUGGUACAAGCGGCUCCAUUGACGGAAAUAACCAGCUUGUGAUCAAGGGAAGAUUUCAACAAAAACAGAUAGAGAAUGUCCUGAGAAGAUAUAUAAAGGAAUACGUCACCUGUCACACGUGUCGCUCUCCAGACACCAUUCUACAGAAGGACACACGUUUGUAUUUCCUGCAGUGCGAGACGUGUCAUUCUCGCUGCUCUGUCGCUAGCAUCAAGACCGGCUUCCAGGCUGUCACCGGAAAGAGGGCUCAGCUUCGUGCCAAAGCCAACUAAUGAGAAGGGGCGGCUGCAUUCUGCCCCUUCUAAUCUCCCCCCAACCCCCUCCUCCAGGCCAACUUACAGGGGAGCCACUGAUAGCCCACUGCUGCCCAAAUUUGACUACAUCAAAACUGGGCAGAUUUCUUACCAUGAGAGGGCAUGGACUUCUUGGGUAUCAUGUGAGAGAGGUCUUUGAUGUUUUGUUUUUUUUUGGGGGUUGUUGAUGUGAUGCUAUAGGUAUAUACUCCAUUUUCUUUCCCCAACCCCCAACGUUUUUCAGAUGAGCAGGACAGGAGCCCAAGGGCCUAUGUGCAGAGGCCCUGUGAGGCAGGGGGCCUGUAAGCGCCAGCCCUGGUACUGAGGUGGUCCUCACCAUAUCUCAACUCCCUCUGGUCUUAAACCAGACCCUCCACUCUUCAGUUUAGCCAGCAUAUCAAGUGCUCUUGGUUAAAGCAGAAAAUAAUUCAGAACUUAUUGAGCCCAACCCCUAAUAUAAGAUGUUUGGUCUAAUCAUGUAUGGUUCUACCACUUGGCAGUGCUCUCAGGGAAGAUAGCAGCAGUCCUGUGUAGUUCCAUUCAUUCACAAGCUCUAGGGAGUUGCCUCAAAGCUUUGGAGAGCUCGGUGUGUGUAGACACUUGGUGGACUCGUAUCAUGGAAAAUGAGCUGUGGAAGCUUAAUUUGACAUUUUCAAACUUGCUGUCUAAUAUCAGUAUUGGUGAAGGACAAGAGAAUUGUGUGUACUGCUGUCAUGUGCAAGGGCUGUUUGCCUCACGGGGUAGGCGUUGGACAAUUUUUAAGCAACCUCUGUAUGCUUUUCAACAGAAUUGUGAUCUCUUUUUCAGAAAGUCAUUUAGUUAUGGCCCAUAAGAAACAGCAGAAUGUGGCAUCCACUUUUAACACAGAGCAGCAGAUGUGAAGAUUUGAGUGUUUUGGAAUAAAAUGUUGAAUGAAGAUAA